AUGCCUGGACCUGGACUUUGUCCUGACGGCUGGUUCCGUGAAGAAAAUGACCAGUGGCCUGGGCAAGCGAUGUCUUUUAAGGUGAACAAGGUUCUGUACGAUGCCCCGACGCAGUUCCAGCACCUAUCGGUCUUUGAAACCGACCCGAAGGGGCCGUGGGGCACUGUUAUGACACUUGAUGGUUGCAUUCAGCUGACAGACUUUGAUGAGUUUGUCUACCACGAAAUGCUCGGCCACACUUCACUCUGCUCCCACCCCAACCCCGAGCGGGUGCUCAUCAUUGGUGGUGGAGAUGGUGGUGUCAUGCGGGAGGUGCUUCGACAUGAGACUGUAAAGGAGUGCGAGCUUGUUGACAUCGAUGGGGAUGUUAUGAAGCUGAGUAAGCUUCAUUUCCCGCAGAUCUCUUGCGCUUUAUCCAAUCCACGAGCGACGGUCCGUGUGGCUGACGGCGCCGCAUUUGUAAAACAGGCACCGGACAACACGUACGAUGUUAUCAUCAUCGACACUACUGACCCUGCGGGGCCCGCCUCUGAUCUUUUCGGGGAGGCAUUCUACCACAGCGUGCUGCGCAUUCUGAAGCCGGGCGGUAUAUGCUGCAACCAAGGCGAGUCCAUUUGGCUGGAUCUCAAAAUGAUUGAGAAUAUGGCCGGGUUUAUCAAGAACAAGGUUGGCUUUGCAUCGGUGAAGUACGGUAUGAUCUACAUACCCACUUACCCAUGUGGCAGCAUCGGUACCCUUGUGUGCAGCAAGGAGGCAGGUGUUGAUGUAACGAAGCCACUGCGCCCCAUUGAGAGAAUGCCGUUUGCGAAGGACUUGAAGUACUACGACUCGGAGGUGCACAAGGCGGCCUUUGUGCUCCCACGUUUCGCGCAGCAUCUUAACAGCUCCUAA